AUGAGUUUUGCACCUGAUACUAGUACUGGUGUUCAAACAGAGCUGGAUCCGACAGCUAAGAGACAGCUGAUAGCUCGGAGGCUCUGGGGCUUGGAUCUACAAAGCUCCAGCCGCGUGGAUCAGCUCAGUGCUUACUUCGACCAUUUCCGAGAUCAGGCUGGCCAGCUCAAUGUUUCAAUGGAAGGUUUAUUUACCACAGCUGACAUUCUAAAAAACGGGCCUGAUUCUACGCGUCAGCUUUUGAGAAAUACUAUGACCUCAGAAUUGGGCCAUGGACAAAGUACCAGGAAUACUGCGACGAGUCAUGUACCUCAUAACAGGGCGGUACCCAUACCUCAGAACACCACAUCCUGGGAUGUUGUUAUAGAAGAACAUAUUGUUGCCACCAUCAGAGUGAUGCUGGCAGUAAAUAUCAACCUUGACCCUAGGACAGUAUUUCUGGCGACGCCCGGUCUUAGCUGGGGCGAAAGCCAGACUCUGACAAGCUUCAUAAAAGAAACGUUCCCGAAGCACGCCUACAAUGACGAGCCCCAUACACCCUUCAUGGCGAGUCGACUUCGCGCACGUUACCUAGAAGAUCACGCCGAUGUUCAACUGGAGUGGACUCAUCACCUCCCCGAUCAUCUAAUGCUGAACAUAGGCAGCCAGUCCAAAACCCUGCGAGUUUUCGACCUGGUGUCACUUCUUGAGAUGACAUACGAGGCUAUGAAAGACGAACCUUGGGAGACAUCUAUGAAAGAUAGCUUAAAGCGACUAUUCGACUGCUAUUCCCGCCCCAAGACCAGCAAUGGCUCGAUCGAAAAAUAG